GUGACAGUGAGCAAGUAAGGAGAGACGGAGAGAGGAGAGAGGGUCGGCCGACGUUUGAGUGGAUGCUAAACCCAGUUUGAUACGUUUGCACCAACUCAUGCAUCACGUCCACUGCUCAUACUCGUGCUACCUCGUACAUCUGACAAUACUGAUAUCAAUGUUUGACCACUGACCCUUUUUCAUAUCCCCCACCAGCUGCCACCUGUUCAUCCUCGAACAAGCACCUCAUAUCCACGCACCUAAUAUCCAAACAUGGCGACUACAGGCAUCCCCGCCGCAUCUUCAGCUACGUCACCACCCGCAUGCCUCCCGGAUGAAGUUAUCACCUGUCUCCAGAACGCACGCUUCCUCCAUCUCUCGACAUGCGCAAACAACAUCCCACACAUCUCCCUCAUGAACUACACCUACCUACCAUCGACACCUUAUUCUACUCACCCCAUUAUAAUCAUGACCACACCCCCUUCGUCCCGAAAGACCCUGAACUUGACCGACAACCCCUUGGUCUCCCUCCUCGUCCACGACUGGGUGUCUCAUCGCCCGCCGACGUUAUCCUCCCAAGGCCGCUCACCCUCCCCCACGCGCCCCGGCGGCGGUCCCAGAUCCGGAAGUCUGGCUGAGCUGCUACUGGGUAUGAAUACGGCGAGCCUCUCGAGGAUCAGCACCACGAUCAAUGGUACUGCCGAGAUCGUGGAGCCCGGUAGCGAGAGGGAGGCGUGGUACAAGGCGCAGCAUCUGGCGAACAAUACGUUCGGGCCCAGCGAGGACGAUUACUCCUCUAGCCCGGUCGGAGUCGGCGGCGGGCUUUGGGGUGGUCUCGGCAGGGAAGGCGAGGACGACGAGACGAGAGAAGGCGACGGCGGGAAGUGUUACGUCGAGGGCGAAGAGGUCAGAGUCGUGGUCGUAAAGAUCCAGGAUGGCAGGAUCGCGGAUUAGAAGGGCUAGGUUAGGGAUUGGGAGGUUCGGGGAGAAGGUCGCGCGCCGCUUGCGAAUGGAAUUUGAGGACAUCGUGAUGGGUCUGCUCCUACUCUUAUAUGCUUCUACUAUACUGCAGUAUUUGCCGUGCCUAAUAUAAAAGUAAUCGAACCAAGAAGUCACCUUAAACUGUGACGUGGUGUGGUGUCUAGUAAUUGGC